AUGAUAUGCUUANNGACCUCGAUUGUACCUCGCCUCCCAUCCUCGUCACCUACUCUGUUCGAGGCCAAAAAGAACAAGAACCUCUCCUUCGAAACCAUCGCCAAGGCCCUUGGACGUGAGGAAGUCGCUGUUGCAGCUCUCUUCUAUGGACAAGCCAAAGCCUCUCCAGAGGAUAUUAAAAACCUAGCCAAGGUCCUCGAGCUCGACGAGUCGUUGCUCGAGGCACAGCUCUCUGGCUACCCGGAUCGCGGCCGCCAGAUGGAGAUGCCACCAAGAGAGCCUUUGGUUUACAGACUUUACGAAAUCGUUCAGAACUACGGCUAUGCAUACAAGGCAAUCCUGAACGAGAAAUUCGGUGAUGGUAUCAUGAGUGCCAUCAGCUUCAGUACCAAGGUAGAGAAGGAAACUGAUGAGAAGGGUGAAUGGGCUGUCAUUACACUCAGGGGAAAGUGGUGA